AUAUUGCACCAUUUAUAGCAGAAGGAACAAAGGAUAUCUAACGGUUGAAAGGCAUCAUAUUUAAACUUGCUGCCCAUUGCUAAGUAAAGGGCGGUAUGAGAUAUAGAGCUAUUACUGCUUUAUCCGUUCUAGAGUUGGUCUUCACCAUGGCUUCUUAUAGCUCGAAUAGUCUUUAGUCUUCAGGUUUAUUCAGUUAAUGGUCAUUGUUUGUGUGAGCAAGACUUAUGUUAUUAUUUUGUGACAUUGUAUUAGGUACAUUUUCAGAAUAUAAACAAAUGUUUAACAAAAAUAAGCCAAAGCAGAUAGUAAGAAAAUGGGUUGAUAGGCCAUUAGUUUACAGCUACUGUUAAUGUACUCUGUAAAUAAUGCAUAAGAAGCUGAAAGUGAACGCAGUACAGUCAUGUCACAUUUUGCAGCAUGAUUUAUGUUCAUACUAUUGGCAAUAAAACCAAACGGCUGAAAGGGAUAAUAUUUAAACUUAGUGGUCUCUUAUCUGAGCUCAGGUACCACAAAGGACUCUGAGAUACAUGACUACUACUCUUUUGUCAGUCCUAGAGCUGCCUUCAGUAUGGCUUGUGACAAAGGCUGCUGCAAAAGCUGUGUCAGCUGCCUGUUUGAUUAUGAGACACCUGUAAUGCUGGUGAUUAGUAGCAAAAGAGUGGGAGCAGUCUUCAGGUUAAUCCAAAUGCUGAUAAUUGCUUACGUCGUUUUGUAUGAAUGUUGGAUGCAGCAGGCCUAUCAAGACACAGACUCAGUUGUCAGUUCUGUAACCACAAAAGUAAAGGGCACUGCCAUCACUAACACAUCCAUUAUGGGUGUUCAUGUUUGGGAUGUGGCUGAAUACAUCAUCCCCCCACAGGGAGAAAACUCAUUCUUUGUAUUGACAAAUGUGAUUGUCACUCCUGCACAGAUGCAAAGCAGAUGCCCAGAGGUUCCAGGCCCAUCUACUGUUUGCCUUUCAGACAGUGACUGCAGACCUGGAUACAGUAAUGUCCGUGGAAACGGAGUUCAGACUGGACUAUGUGUGAACUAUUCAGCCUCUGUUAAAACCUGUGAGGUGCGUUCAUGGUGUCCACUUGAAAAUGACACUGAAAUUCCUGAGCCUGCUUUGCUGGAGUCUGCAGAAGAUUUCACUGUGCUUAUCAAAAAUAGCAUCCACUAUCCCAAGUUCAAGUUCAGGAAGCAAAAUAUUCUGCCCUACAUCAAUUCUUCUUACCUGAUGAACUGCACAUUCAAUCGGAAAACUGACCCAGAGUGUCCUAUUUUCCGCAUGGGGGACAUGCUAGCAGAGGCUGGGGAAGACUUUCGAAAUAUGGCUGUCAAGGGUGGUGCUAUGGGGAUUUUCCUGGACUGGACUUGUGAUUUGGACAUGCCAGAACAACUCUGUGUCCCAAAGUACUCAUUCAGCAGACUAGAUAACAAAAACUCUAAAAAUAAUGCUGCCCAUGGAUAUAAUUUCAGGUAUGCCAAAUACUUUAAAAACAGUGAAAAUACUGAGACACGGACUCUGGUAAAAGCUUAUGGAAUCCGAUUUGAUGUCAUCGUUUUUGGCACGGCAGGCAAAUUUAGCACUGUGCAGGCAAUAGUAAAUAUUGGAGCCACUCUCUCCUUCCUCAGUUUGGUAAAUGCUAUAUGUGACUGGUUCAUGCUGACCUUCAUGAAGAAAAGGCACUACUAUGCUAAGCAUAAGUUCAUCCACUUGGACAAAAUGGAGGAUACUGAGGCACUGGUGACCAUGAUCUUUCUCAAGCAGGCAUUUAAGCUGCAUGAUACAUUGUUUGUUCAAUUAUUGCUAAUUUUGCAGAAGUCUGUCAUUCACAAACGAGCUAACAUUUUUUGUGCACUGUGAAUAUCUUGAUGCUAAGGUUGAUACUUAGAUGCUAUUAAUUAAUGCUCUGUAUGCUGAUAUGUGUCCAAUCCACCUUCAUUAAUGCCACUGAAGCGAUAUUUCUAACAGUAUUUUUUCCUUUGUAAUUAUUUUAGCACUCCAUUGGAAGCACAUCCUAUGGGACUCAGUGAUGCAUUGGAUGACCUUGAUUCUGCUAUUAUCAUUUUUAUUUCCAAUGCCUAUAAAAGGAUUUUCUUUAAAACAAAUUCAUUUUGUAAUGUACAAAGACCUAAGGAAGUAAAGAAUUAAACAUUCUUGUUAA